CGCGCCGGUCCAGCUCCGCGUCUGCCCCUCACCCGGUCUCGUCGCUAGGAUGGCUCGGAUGGCGGCGGUCGUUCUCCUGCUGCUGCCCGUGUUCUGCUCGGCUCUUCCCCAGGCGAAGUUCGAGGCCCCCCAGUCGCAGUUUAUGCGGGUCGCCCAGACGGCCACCCAGUAUCUCAACUACCAUCAGGGCUCGCCCAGCUAUCUCCGGAGCGUCGUGUUCCUCGGGAAGACCUCGGUCAGGAAUAUCCCAGGAGUUGGACAUCAGUACUCUGUGGGCUUUUAUACAAAACACAUUCAAACUGGGCAAAACCUAGGGAAAUGCAGUGCAACUGUACUCUACCGGAAGAAAACAUCUAAGCCAGUGAUUGAAAUCAGUUGCACAGACAACAAAGAUGGAGAUCAAAUCAAGGAGGAGGAUUACAGCCUAUAUAGGAAACUUCAAGACACAUCAUCACCAGAUGAAUUAAAAUAUUUCGCCAACAUUGGCAGCAGUUACAUUGCAUGGAAGGAAUCAACUGAAAAUGUGGGUUAUGUCAUGAGGGAAAUCAAAGAUGCAAAGAAAUGGUUACGUGACAACACACUUGAAUUUGACUACACCGUUUUGAUUGAUAGUGAUAUCUCAAAGAAUCUUUCCUGUCAUAUGCAUAUUACCUGGAACCUGGAGCUGCCAAUAAAAGUGAAAUAUGAGUGCAUUUCAGAAGACACUUCUGCAUAUGGCUCUGGGCAAGAAUCAGGUUCCUCUCCUGAUUAUUUCUUCGAAACUAACUUUUAAGUAGGGAGGGAAAAUCCUUCCAUUUAAUGCAGUUGUAAACAUUUUUACAAAGGUAUAGUACAUCUUUUGUUAAUAUUCCAAAUUCAGUAUUGAGAAUCUUCUAUCUAAAUCAAUGCAAUCUAUCUGGAUGCUUUGCACUAGUCACUUCUGAUCUAUCAUAGAUAUCUCUUUGCUGGUUAAUUUCAUAGAAAUAUUCAUUUUUACAGAUAUUUUUAUUACUGUAUAUGAAAAAACUGCUGAUGUGUCGCUACGUUUUUGGUAUUAGAAGUAACUCACUAUAAGGCAUUUUUUUAAAAUAUGUAUGAACAAAGAUCUUUGAAAUUUUAAAAACUGCCAUUUUAAAUAAAUAUUUGAUAAAAUAUUUUUACAUUUUGGAAAAUAUUUGAUGUUGAGAUUUAACUUAUCUUCAAUAAACGGACAAGAAUACA